AUGGCUGGAAGGAAUGACGCUGCAAUGGCUGCCGCAAUGCAAGCAAUGGCACAAGCUGUGCAGAACUUGCCAAAUGCUGGUGGUGAUGCUGGAUCACGUAGCUUAGCGACUUUUCAGAGAGAGAAUCCGCCGGUGUUUAAGGGGAAGCAUGAUCCAGAUGCAGCCUUGGGAUGGUUGAAAGAGAUUGAGAGAAUCUUCCGUGUUAUGGAUUGCACUCCAGCUCAGAAGGUUCGGUAUGGUACUCACAUGCUAGCAGUCGAAGCUGAUGACUGGUGGCUAGAGACUCAAGAGAGGUUGACCGUGGCAGGUGAAGUCAUUACUUGGGAUGUAUUCCGUAGGGAAUUUCUGAGGAAGUAUUAUCCGGAAGAUGUCCGUGGUAAGAAAGAAAUUGAGUUCCUUGAGCUGAAGCAAGGAAACAUGUCUGUCACUGAUUAUGCUGCAAAAUUUGUGGAGCUGUCCAAAUUUUAUCCUCAUUACACUGGUGCUGGUGCUGAAUUUUCAAAGUGCAUCAAGUUUGAAAACGGAUUGCGCUCUGAAAUUAAGAAGGCUGUUGGGUAUCAAAAGAUACGCAUUUUUACUGAAUUGGUUGAUAGCUGCAGGAUAUUUGAAGAAGACAAUAAUGCUCAUUACAAGAUUGUCAGUGACCGCAGAGGCAAGCAACAUCAAAAUCGUGGCAAGCCGUAUGAUGCUCCAGCUGGAAAAGGGAAGCAAAGAGCUGCUCCGGCUCAGAGGGCUAGUGGGGGAGGUGCUCCUGCUGGUAUAGUUUGCUUCAAAUGUGGUCAGGCUGGUCAUAAGAGUAAUGUAUGCACUGCUGAAGUAAAGAGGUGUUUUCGCUGUGGUAAGAUUGGUCAUGCAAUAGCUGAUUGCAAGCACAAGGAAGUGAUUUGUUUUAAUUGUGGCGAAGCGGGUUCUUCUUUCUCCGCCAACACUCAAACCAAUCCGAAGGAGCAUUGUAAAGCAAUUGUUACUAGAAGCGGUAAAGAGGUGACAAGUGGAAGAAGUGAGGAUGUUGCAGUAGAGGAUGAUAUGAAUGUCGUAACUGAAAAUGAAGAGAACGAAGUGGUGGUGGAACAUGAAAAGAAAAAAGAGGAAAAAAUUGUUCAGUUCGCGCCGCGACCCCCUUUGGUGCCGCGAAAAGAACAGGGUCAGAAUGGUUCAGCUGAACAAGAGGGUGAAGCAUGUGAGAAGGAUGAAUCAAAGGCAAGAAAGAGGAAAAAAGGAGAUAAAGGAACUGAAUGA